AUGAGGGCAGCUCGAAAUAUCUACAAAGAUGACGUAGACUUCACUACUCUUGCGCUGCAGUCGCCGGCUUUCGCGAAAUAUGUGAAACCAAACGGCCAGUUAGAUUUUAGCGAUCCCGAUGCCGUACGGCAAUUGACCAAGAGUCUCUUAAAGAGAGAUUUCAAUUUGAAUGUUGAGAUACCUGACAACAGACUUUGUCCACCGGUACCGAACAGGCUAAAUUAUAUUCUAUGGCUGCAAGACCUUCUCGAUACCACAGGCGACCAGUACCGCGAUGACUACGACCCGGAUCGAUCCGUCUUAGGCCUCGAUAUUGGAACAGGAUGCUGCAGUAUAUACCCAUUGCUAGGAUGCACGACACGGCCCCUCUGGGAUUUCAUUGCUACAGACGUCAACGAUGAAAAUGUUCGAACCGCCCGAGAAAAUGUGACAAAUAACGGACUUGAUAGUCUAAUCCGAGUAUUCAAAACUGAGCCCAAUGAUGAUCUCAUUCCUCUAGACACAAAGCUCGACGUCCAAAGGCUCGACUUUACCAUGUGCAAUCCUCCAUUCUACGCCUCACGCGAAGAAAUGAUAGCUUCAGCACAGGCCAAGGAACGGCCUCCAUUUUCAGCAUGCACGGGAGCCGAGGUCGAGAUGGUCACUGCAGGCGGCGAAAUAGCCUUUGUCCAUCGCAUGAUUGAGGAAAGCCUUCGUCUUCGUGAGAGGGUCGUCUGGUACAGCUCAAUGCUUGGGAAGCUGAGCAGUGUCUCCGUGAUAGUCGAGAGGCUCAUGGAGCAUGGGAACAACAACUAUGCAGUAACGGAAUUUGUUCAAGGCAGCAAGACAAAGAGGUGGGCUGUGGCGUGGUCGUGGACUGAUCUUCGCCCGAGUAUGAAAGUAGCCCGAGGCAUCCCUGGCUUCCCGAAACACCUCCUACCAUUUCCGUCCGAGUUCAUGUUCGAAAUCAUGAAUCAAUCAAUCGAUGACAUCAGCGACAAAAUUGACAACGAACUCAGCAAGCUACGCAUUCAUUGGACUUGGCGUAAAAAUCUGGCUAUGGGCGUCGGGUUCGCAAUGGAGAAUGUUUGGUCUCGUCAAGCUCGCAGAAAGUUGCAGAAUUCAGCUGCCACUGCGGACAUGAUAGAAAUUGAUGAGAGCACAGCAGCUCUUGGCUUCAAGGUUCAGCUGAAGCAGGAUAGACUUGAAGAAAAAUGCGUCCGAGUUGUCGUCCGUUGGCUCAAGGGAUUAGAUUCAGUCUUGUUUGAGAGCUUCUGCGGGAUGUUGAAGAGAAAAGUGGAGGGGAGGUGA